AUGAUUAGAUCAGUUGACAGUGGACAAAAUUUAUUCCUAUUCAUUUUUUUCAUAAAAUUAUACGGAAUUAUUAUAAUUUCUGGUGAAAUAUCAAAUUUCAGUGUAAAUCACCAUCCAGAAAAUGUAUCGUCUAGCAUGAAUUUAUUCAAUGAUCAAUCAGUAUUCUUACAUCAUGAAAAUGCUUCACAACAACAACCACAAUCACAACAACAUCAAUCGAUUAUAUCAGCAGCAGAUAAACAAUGGCAUUUUCAUUUUGAUAUGUUUAUCAUAUUGUUUUUAGCAUUUAGUUCAUUUUGUGCAAAUACAGGAUUAUUAUAUUUAGGUCGACAAGUGAAACCAUCUAGUACAAUGAAUAAUUCAAGUUUUUCUAAUAAUUUCAUAACUAUUACUAACAAUAAUAAUAACAAUAAUAGUAAUAGUAAUAUGUAUACUACUAUUAAUACUACUACUAGCAGUAACAAUAUUAACUCGACCUUAUCUAUGCCUAAUAAUAGUAAUACUAGUGAUAAAACUACUAACCAACCAUGUUCAACAUUCAAUUUUCUAUUCAAUAAAUGGUCAAAUCGAAAAUUUUCUCAUGGAUUUAAUUAUUUCUUAACAAAUCAAUCAUCGAAUGAAGAAGUAAUCAUGAAGCAUCAUCAUCAUCAUACAACCAGUGGAACAAUACCAACAACACGUUCAUAUUCUGUAUCAAGUCCACCAAUAAUGAAUAAAUAUCCAUCAUCAGUUAGUUUAAUUAAAUUGAAUCAACCGAAUCAUUUCUAUCCUUAUCCUCAUCAUCAUGGAUCAACACAACAUCAUCAUACACCACGUAGUCGAAGACAACGUCGUUAUUUAAGAGGUUUACUUGGUUUAUCAAUAAGUAAUUUAAGUUUAUCAAUAUGUUUAUUAAGUUGGUGUACAUGUCAGAUAAUUAUACAUAAUAUUGAUCAAAAACAUGAUGCAAUCAAAGCAUGGUUAACAUUGAUUGCAUUUAUUAAUAUAUGGACAAUAGAUAUAGCGCAAACAUUAGAAAUAGGCGCUAUUCUAUGGAUCGCUUUAGAACGUACACUUGGUAUACAUUGGCCUAGUGAAAUACAAACUUUAAAUAACAAUACUACUAAUAAUAAUAAUAUUAGUAGUACUAGUAGUACCAAGAAUAAACCAACAACCUGUAAUACUAAUAAUAAUAAUAAUGAUAGUACAUUUUCAUUUAUAAAAAAUACACUAAAUCGAUUUAAACAAAAUUACUGUACUACAAUGCAUAGUCAUUAUCACACACUAUUCGCUUGGUGUACACCUUCUACCAGUUUGUACAAGAAUCGAACAACAGUGACAACAUCAAUCAAAUCGAAAUCAUCCACAUCAGCAUCAUCAGUAAUGUUGAUAAAUAAGAAACGUAGUGAAUUGUAUAAACGUAUUACAUGGUUUAUUCGUGUAUUGUUAUGUUUUCUACCGUUUAUUUUAUUCGUAUCAGCUUCAAUCUAUAGUUUCAUUUUGAUUAUACAACAAAUUAAAAGACAGAAGUUUUUAUUAUUAACUACGUCAUCUUCAUCUUCAUCAUCAUUGUUGAAUCAACCAUUUCUACAUUCUGCUCAAUUCACAACAACAACAACGAAAACACUUACUACUACUACUGAUAGUCAUUUGGUGCAACAACAUCAACUUGAUAUUAUAUCAAAUUGGAAAACUACUUAUAUCAAAUUAAUUAGUAGUAUAAAUAAUCAUCAUAAUAUUAGUUAUAUACAAUAUGUCAAUUCAUUAGUGAUUUAUCAUUAUUAUUAUAAUGUAUAUUUUUCUAAUGAUUUGUUGUCAAGCAAACAUACAGCAUCAUUACAACAUACAAUGUAUGCGAAAUAUCAAACAUAUAUGUAUUAUACAAGUUCUAUUAUUCCUGCUUUAAUCAUUGGACAAUUUUUAGCACCAUUGGCCAUCUUGGUGACAACAAAUUUAUUGAUUUAUCAGAAA